UGUCCUAUGUGCCUCCUAAGAUGAGUGCUUGAUGUACUGUUCUCUCGAAAAGGUCAAGAAGUCUGUGAAACCAUGUGUGCACAUCUCCUCUCCUCCAUCCUUGCUUUGGCACUUUUCUCUCGGACAGUUGAUCCGCGGGUCGUGAGGCUUUGGCUGGGAGAUGGAACUACCCCAAACCUAGAGGAAGUCAUCGUCGGGAGAUGCUACAAUUACAUCCGUGUGGUGAACCCCAGCAUUGGGGAGAGGAACUGCACUGCCAUAUGGAAUGCCUUCAGAGAAGCCUUUAUCUACAGAAAUGCCUGCAGCGUGCUACCCUCUGACUACCAGACUUUCAUCUCCCUGGCCAGUCACCAAGUCCCACCUAACAAGGCCUUGUUCUGGGAGAAAACCAAGCGGCUGGUUCACAGGUACUCUGACGCAACACGCAGGAUGAUGCCCCUGGGAGACACUCUGAUUGGUUGGCUAGGAGAUGACCUCACUUGGUGUGGGAGUUCCUCUGGUGAUGGUUUGGACUACACGUCUUGCCCCACCACAGCCGAAUGCGAGCAUAACCCGGUGGAGUCUUUCUGGAGGAUCGCCUCGACCACAUACGCCAGCCUGUCCUCUGGGGUCAUCCAGGUGAUGCUGAAUGGCUCCGUCACUGAUGGUGCGUAUCCAGAGAACAGCUUUUUCGCAAAAUUUGAGCUCCCGUAUUUAAGAAAAGACAACAUUUCUGAAGUACAGAUCUGGAUAAUGGAUGAGGUUGGAGGCCCAGAUGUGGAGUCCUGUGGGACUGAAAGUGUGGGAGUCCUGCAGCAGAUCCUGAAGGAGGAAGGAUUUAAACACACCUGCACUGACAAUUACAGGGCAGUGAGAAUACUUCAGUGUGUGGACAGCCCCAGUCACCCUGCCUGUCUCUGCCCUAGCGCUGCCUCCACACUACAGCUCCUCGAUCUGCACCUCCUGACUAUUCUUCUCCCCUUUCUGUUUUAGCAUCCUCA